AUGCAAUGCCAAGGCGCAUUUCCCUACUCACCCGGCCCCGAAUCCACCGCGGUGCUGUUUCAAGAGAGUCACAAUCCAGAUAGCGCUCCAGCCCGGACUCGGAAUUCCUGCCCCGCGGGUCUGCAUUUCACAGCGGCAGCCCGGGGCGGGGUGACGGGUGAUCCCAGUCCUCGCAGUGAACUCCGGGCCGCAGACUUGAAAACGCGCGCGGGCUUCCACCGCAUCCCCGUCCUGAGUUACACACGCGACCCGCGACCGUGCUGGGCCGUUUCUCUUUCUUUUCCGGACCCAGCAGUGGCGCCUAAAGUCUACGAGGAGAAAAUCGCCUGUGUGCUGCAGUGGGAGCGGAGAAAGAACAAAGAAAUCUGUAAUUGGUCGUGGACUUUGUAUUUGGCGUGUGGCCCCACCCUCCCCACUUCUGAUUGGUCCUCAGCUCCAGGCGUCCAUUUUCAUUGGAGCAUGGGAACCUACAAGGCCCGGAUCAACACCUGGCUGGGACAGGAGACCACCAGGGCAGUGCACAGCUGGGAUUUCAGUCUCCCGUGUCAUCUCCUGGGUCCACUGGCUCCACUGAGGGCGGCUAGACUCUGCAGCCAGGCGUCCUGGAUUCAACUCCCUGCCUGGGUCUCACCAGCACUUUCCCUCUUGGUGCCUCAGUUUCCUCAUCUAUGAAAUGGGGAAAUUAACAGUAUUUAUUUCUUGUGGUUGAAUGAAUGAUAAGCGUUACCAUAUAUGAGGUGUUUGCAGCUGUGCCAUGUUAUUUUUGUUAUUUUGUUAUUAUAUUUUAAUAUAUCACAUGUGCAGUAAUUGUAUUAUUAUAGAUGAGCUUUAUGAGUGAGUGUCCUGGUGACGGUUCCUCCUGGGGAGC